AUGGAGGGGUAUUUUGUGAUCAAGGUUACUCCUCUAGGUCCGAAUCUAUGUUUGUUGGAAGAAACGGAGGAAGGGAUUAUUGAGGAGCUGACAGGAGAGAGGGACGAGUGGUGGAAACAGUGGUUUUUGGAGGUUAGAAGGUGGAGGGAGGAAGACGUAGAUGAAGGAAGAACUAUGUGGAUUAGGAUUUACGGCGUACCAGCUCACGCUUGGAAUUGUGAUUUCUUCAUGUCUUUGGCGAAUCAAUUGGGAUCGUUUAUUUGUAUUGACGAGAACACAUCAAAUCCACACAAACCUUGA